CGCGCCAUUUCAAAAAUGGCCGCUCAACUGGGCGGUAUGUUCUCCGGGCAGCCACCUGGGCCCCCGCCACCCCCGCCGGGACUGCCAGGCCAGGCUUCGCUUCUUCAGGCCGCGCCAGGGGCUCCGAGAUCUUCUCCGAGCACCUUGGUGGAUGAGUUGGAGUCAUCUUUCGAGAUGGAGAAACAGAGGCUCGGAGAGGGAGGAGAGCUCACCAACCCUCAGUGUGUGGGAACGAGCCCAGCAUUUGAGCCUCCCGACUCUCCAGGCAGAGGCUCUAAAAACCUUAUUCUUCCUGUGGACCACCACGCGUUUUCUCCGUGCACCCACCUAACUCUCUACAAAGGUGCUUGCUUUGCUUCUCUGGUGAGUCAGGACUAUGUGAAUGGCACGGAUCAGGAAGAAAUUCGAACUGGUGUCGAUCAGUGUAUCCAGAAAUUUCUGGAUAUUGCAAGACAGACAGAAUGUUUUUUUCUACAGAAAAGGCUGCAGUUAUCUGUCCAGAAACCAGAGCAGGUUAUCAAAGAGGAUGUCUCAGAGCUGAGGAAUGAAUUACAGCGGAAAGAUGCUCUGGUCCAGAAGCACCUGACAAAGCUGCGGCAUUGGCAGCAGGUGCUGGAGGACAUCAACGGGCAGCACAAGAAGCCGGCUGACAUCCCCCAGGGCUCCUUGGCCUACCUGGAGCAGGCGUCUGCCAACAUCCCUGCGCCCAUGAAGCAGACCUGAGGCAGAGCCGGCUGCAGAGUGAGCUGGCGUGGGAGUCCGCACACACAGGGUUCUUCGUGCCGGGCCUCACGUCUGGGCGGUGUGGCGUCUGGGAAGAACGCUGCCAAAGGGUGAGGUGCCUGGUUGCAUGCCGUCAGUAAGGUUUUCCCCCGUUUGUAUAAGCUCUUAUUUUUAUAUUACUCCAUAAAACGCCGAUAGCUUUUGUAAAGCUGGUAAAUGUUUUUGUUUUUAGCAAGUUAGUAUGAUGCUACCGACAUUCCUUUUUGUUCUUUUUUCUUUUUUUUUAUUCUUUUAAUUCUUGUGUUUAACCUUUAAUCUCUGUGUUACCAGUUUUAGAUGAACUUGUAUCAUGUGAGGAGAAAACUGUAUGAUAUAAUCUGUGAAUCAGAGACUGAGGAUUGGGGUUAUUAGUCUUUUGUGUUAAUUACCACUCUACCUUUGUGCUAGUUUGGAAAACUACGUAAGUUUGCCAAGGGUGUCUUAAGGCUUUGAACUACCUCAAGAGGAGGUAUCUAGUGCAGCUAUGUUUGCAAUGCUUCCAGAGCUCCUGGGACGGGGGUGUUUUAUAAAUGGAGGGGGGGUGCGGUGGCCUAAGUUAGGGUAGCCACACUGCAGUGGGGUCUUUGAGUCGAUGUUGACUUCUCUUUGGGCUAAGUUUAUAUUUUGUGUCUUACUUACUUUGGGCGGUGUCGGAGCUGUGAUAUGCUGAUUAUUUUUCUGUUCUGCAGUGAUGAAUCCGUUUACGUCACAGACCCACCCUGCCCUCAGUAACGCGACCUAGGCAGAGGGGAAGUGUGAGGGUUAGAGCUCACUGUGAUACUCUCUUUCCGUUUGGGUUUUGUUAGCUGGUGUCAUUUGUGUUUUACUUUUUAGGAGCAGAAGUUUCCCAUUAAGGAAGGUUCUUGCUAAUGAAUGGCAGUGAUUCCAAGGGCCAGGGCCUUGGGGUGGGCAGUGGCCUGCAACGUGGCCUCGAGUGGCUUACUGUCCACAAAGAGCAUGUUUGGGAAGGUGUUUUAGCUUCUUGCUGGUCACACAGGGCAAACACGAUUCUUCACUCACCUGCUACUGUGUCUGGCUCUCCCUGAAGCGGCUUUAGUCCCUGCCUGAAUUACACGCCUUUACACUCCCCUGUCUGUUGAACAAGCAGUACCUCUGGGGCUUGGAUUCUUGGCUCAUUUUGUUUUCUCCAGCCUUGGAGACCCCUCCCCACACACAUCAACUCAUGAUGUGGUCUGGCCUGGCUGCUGCCUGGUCCCUGAUGCUCCCAGAUGCUCUCCGCGGCACCCCAGGACACAGGGUCCUGUCUCCUACCAACCUCGCACGGUGCUCCCUCCAGGGUUAGUCAUUUGCAUCCGUCUCUGUGCCCUUCAUGGGAAUUAAGCAUUAUUUUCCCUUGAAUACAUCGGGAUUGUUGUUUUCUACCUAGAGUGUUACGUGUGUGUGUGUGUGUGUGUGUGUGUGUCACAGGUUGAAGCCCCAAACUCCCUCAAUUCUUAAGCUUUUAAGAAUUGUUUUUUCUCACAUUAUGACUUCAAGGUUGUUAACCUGGUCAUCUCACACUAAUUACAAGCUUGAUUGGCAGCUUUAGAUUUCUUCAUUAAAAACCUAAAUAAACUGAUUAAGUUUUAGGCAUCUUUCAAUAAUUAGGUUCUUGGUGUUUCACUUGGUGCUUAGUGAAAAUAGUUUGAAUUAAUGUAUGUAUCAGUUACUGCCAUUGUUUAUUAAAUCAAAAAAUCUGGGAAAUAAAUAUUUUUAAUCUUG